AGCACACUAGAUCUACAGACAUACCAGCGAGCAUCAGACCUGGCAAUGGAAUCGUUAUCGGAUUUCUUAGAAGAGCUUGUGGAGCAACAACCGCCAGAGUCAGAGUGCGAAGUCGAAUACUCGUCAGGCGUCUUGACGCUUUCCCUCGGUAGCAAAGGCACUUAUGUCAUCAACAAGCAACCGCCGAAUGCUCAGAUAUGGCUUUCCAGUCCGACGAGCGGGCCGAAACGAUACGAUUACGAUGCGCAACACGGCGAAUGGUUCUACGCCCGAGAUCACUCGCUCAUGCGAGAGCUGCUCAGCACCGAGCUGUCGGCAGCGCUGAACGAAGACAUUGUUGUGACGCUGGGCAAAGAUGCAACAUGA